UACUGAAAGGUAACCCAGUGGGCAGAGUCAUCCCAUAGACGGGCUGAACUGUAGCUGGAGUCAGUGUUGUUACUGGAUUACUCAAUGCUUGUGUCACAGGGAGGCUGGACUGAGCUCACAGCUCCACAUCAGUGGAGCUCACUCACUCUCAACCUCUCCGUGAGUGAGGCAACCUCUCUUUUUCUUUCUCUCUCUUCCUCUGUCUGUCUCCUUUCCCUUGUUUCUUUGUCGGAUCUACUUAGGAUUGGAUUUUUUCCUCAAAAAACAACAUUCAAAACAGGACUUUGGAUUAUUAGUUUCUUUUGUCUCCGACGCAGGAAAUGGAGAAUAUUGUUAAUAGGUUCUGUUAGGAGUCCGACACAAGUGGACUCGUUUUUUUUUAUUAUUAUUAAUAUUUUUUUUAAUAACAUUUUUAUUCCUGAUGGUCAAACGCCCCCUCAGGAUGAGCUUGCAGGGGAGCAGCCUGGUGGCCCCCUGCACCCGAAGAGUCGCGCACAAGCGCCUGGACUCAGAUGAUCAGCCGCCGGCUAAAUGCGCAAAGCUGAUCGCAGAUUCAGGGGACCCGCAGGGACUCCUCGGCACGUCCCCCACCUCACCGGUCAGCCUUGCGGUCAAUCCGAUCCCCUCGACCCACCAGGGACCUUCCAGGAUAGGCGCAUUCCUGCUGCUGCCCCUGGCGGACCGGGAGAGCGCGCACGGCGCGAUGAACACCGACACCGGCGAUGAGCUGCUGUGCAAGGUGUUUGAUAUGGGGAUGUAUCAGGAAAAGAUCAGAGCCUACAGCGUUCUGCCGCCUCACAGGAACAUUGCCGGCAUCAAGGACAUCAUACUUGGGGAGAGCAGGGCCUACGUCUUUCUGGACAAGGACUUUGGGGACAUGCACACCCUGGUGAAGAGCUGCAGACGCUUGGAGGAGGAGCAGGCCCGCAGGCUGUUCCAGCAGGUUGUCCUGGCCGUGGCGCACUGCCACCAGGCUGGCAUUGUGCUGGGCGACCUCAAGCUUCGCAAGUUUGUCUUUGCAGAUGAGAAAAGGACACACGUGAGACUUGAGAGCCUUGAGGACUGCCGCAUCCUUGAGGACCCCACCAAAGACUCUAUGUCAGAUACCCACGGUUGCCCUGCCUAUGUCAGCCCUGAGAUCCUCAGUGGCCCCACUCCGUACUCUGGCAAAAUGGCCGACAUGUGGAGCCUGGGGGUCAUGCUCUACACCAUGCUGGUGGGUCGCUACCCCUUCCAUGACCCAGACCCCGCAACUUUGUUUUCCAAAAUCCGCAGGGGGCAGUGCUGCUUGCCUGAGGGCCUGUCACCUAAGGCCAAGUGUCUGCUUCAGAGCCUGCUAAGGAAGGAGCCUUCAGAAAGACUAACAGCAACUGAGCUACUCACUCACCCGUGGUUCCACCUGCCGUCAUCACCCCAGGAUGCAUCGUUUGGCGAACAGGAGGCGAGCUCGGCAGAACAGACCGUGCCGUCAUUUGAAGUGGAGGAGGAUGAGGAUCUCUUCUGCUGACAGACUCGUUCAAGAGUCUGAUUGAGAGACCAAAACAGAACUUGCUCUGAGUGGAGUCAUCGUAGUUUUUGUACAUUGGCACUUUUUCAGAAACCCAUUUGUGUACUGUUGUGUGUACAUACAACCUCAAGCUUUCUACAGAAACUCACUGUACUGUACUCUGAUGUCUUGUAUGUGUUACUUUUCUAAGGGCAUUGCUCACAAUGGUCAUUCGUUGUGCAUUUUAAAACAAUAGAUGGUGCUAAAAAGAAUCACAGUGAUUCAGACUUUGUCAGAUUGAUUUCAAAGAAUAUCCUCUGCAGGCUUCUUGGAGUUUGUCGUAUGAAUAUAAAACCCCUCUAUCUCCAGGCCAGCACUCAUGUGGCUUCACACAGCAUUAGCUGAAUCUUAAGUGCCGUGGCCAGGGUUGUUGGUCCUCUCUUUCUCUGGCCAGGCUGUGGCUGACUCAACGGUCGACUCGAGGAUGGCCUGAGCUUGAGCCCGACGUCCUCGAGCAGACAGUGACACAGAGCAGGAAAGAUGGUUAGGAAGGGACUCGUGUGUCACACUCAGCGUGACACCACGGAGGUGUCUCACUGCCAAUCUGGCACCGUCUGAGCGAGCGGAGAUCACUUUGCAAAUCUCACACCAUGUGCAGAAGGUUGAGAAAGGCAGGAUGUUGCUGGUGUAAGACUUGCCACGCUCAGUCAGCAACUAAUAGUGACACCAGGUCUGACAGAAGUACUUGUAAAAAAACAAACAGAGGGGAGAUUUUAUCUAAUUUGUGAUGAGUUAUAUAAAGAAAGGUACACCUGGUGAGAAACUGUCUAAUCAAAUGCUGCAGCCAUUGUAGCCACAACUGGGCAUGGGCCAGUAUGAAAUUAUUACACUACAAAACUAAGUAGUAGUAUUUAAAGGAUAGGCCUAUUAAAAGAAAAAAAAA